CAGUCACAGAAGUUCGACAUCCAUUCAGUAGCAUGUCUCUCACCAAUGUCAACGAGAUUAUCCUGGUGCUUUCCGGCAAGGGAGGCGUUGGAAAAUCGAGUGUCACUACACAACUGGCUCUCACCCUAUCAUUGAGAGGACAUUCGGUCGGCAUUCUCGAUAUCGAUCUUACUGGACCUUCCAUGCCGAGAUUUCUGGGAAUCGAAUCAUCCAAAGUCAGACAAGCGCCUGGUGGUUGGCUUCCCGUGCCGGUGCAUGAAAGUCAAGACGCGACAUCAAGUACAGCAGAGGGCAACAAGCCUAUCGGAUCACUUCACUGCAUGUCUCUCGGCUUCCUUCUUGGAAACAGAAACGAUGCAGUGGUCUGGCGUGGCCCGAAGAAAACUGCUAUGGUCCGCCAGUUCUUAUCAGAUGUUCACUGGGGCAAGCUAGACUACCUUUUGAUCGACACACCUCCUGGUACUUCAGACGAACACAUCUCACUUGUAGAGACCCUUCUCAAGACCGCAGCCCCGGGUCAAGUCUCUGGAGCUGUUGUCGUAACCACUCCACAAGCUAUCAGUGUCUCCGAUGUCAGAAAGGAAAUCAACUUCUGCAAGAAGACCGGCAUCAACAUCCUCGGUGUCGUCGAGAAUAUGGCCGGCUUCGUGUGCCCUAACUGCGCGGAAUGCACCAAUGUCUUCUCAAAGGGCGGCGGCGAGGUAAUGGCCAAAGAUUUUAGCGUCCCCUUCCUUGGCAGCGUGCCUAUCGAUCCGGCAUUUAUUGCCCUUAUUGAAGAAGGCAAGAGACCGAUGUACCCGGAAGGCACAGUUGUUGCUGGUCAAGAAAUGCCAGAGCAAGCAAAGGAGCCCGAGGAUAACGCCGGAACGUUGGUCGAGAAAUACCAAAGUUGCUCCCUGUUCACAAUCUUCGACGGCAUCGUCGGUCAGCUCAUCUCCAACACUCAGCCCUGAACUGUCUCGGAUCAAUUUAUGGCUGUUUACAACCAUCCGGCCCGCAAUUCGGAAUCUAGGGUUGGUCAUGCAUAAACCGUAUCCAAACACCGUGGAAUGGAGAGCUUCGGCCGAGCCCUGAAGAAUCUCCCUUGCUUGCUCGGUACGCCCAUACGUUUCAACACGGGUCGGCAUGCCGAAACCAAAUCAUGUGGAGUGGUACUUCGCUGAAAGUUUCCUCAUACGCUAUACGCUCAAUGCUCAUGCAUGCUUUGGUACGCAGGAGGUCAUGCCAGCCAACUGCUAACAGAAAUCGGGUGCGUCAAGUGUCCGUCGGUCUCGAUGCGCUCGUUCCCGUUUGUACUUGCCUCGAUCUGUAUGCACUACUCUCCUAUGGCUCGAUCGACC